GGUGCGCGAGACCAGCUAGCAGCAGGGUAACGCGCUCACUCCACUGUCAUGUCACCAGCGGACCGAUGUUUUUAGCCUAACUCAACCUCCAGAGCGAAUAAUCACCGCUUGUGUGUCUAUUUUAGCCUGAAAAGUCUGAUUCGUGGCUGCACAUCGGCGUCUCCAGAGUGCGGUGUUAUGGGAGAGACACGGAGGUCAGAACGGAGAGCUGUCAGCGCUAAUGUCCGCGUACAAGGAGCCUCCAACAGCGGUCGCUUUGACAGCUCCAUGUUGUUGUAGCACAGGUCCUGUACAUGUGAAUCAUGCCUGGUAAACUGAAGGCCAAAAUAGUGGCUGGGCGCCACUUGCCUGUGAUGGACAGGGCCAGUGACCUCACAGAUGCAUUUGUGGAGGUAAAGUUUGGAAACACAACAUUCAAAACAGAUGUCUGUCCCAAGUCCCUCAAUCCCCAGUGGAAUUCUGAAUGGUUUAAAUUUGAGGUGGAUGAUGAGGACCUGCAGGACGAGCCGCUGCAGAUAACCGUCCUGGACCAUGACACCUACAGUGCUAAUGACGCUAUUGGGAAGGUUUACAUUGACAUUGAUCCACUGCUAGCCACUGAGGCGGCUUCUAUCAUAUCUGGCUGGUUUCCCAUCUAUGAUACAAUUCAUGGCAUAAGAGGAGAGAUUAAUGUCCUUGUUAAAGUGGAAUUGUUUAAUGAUUUGAACCGCUUCAGGCAAUCGUCCUGUGGAGUCAAGUUCUUCUGCACUACAUCCAUCCCACGGUGCUAUCGGGCUGUAAUGGUGCAUGGCUUUGUGGAGGAGCUGGUAGUGAAUGAGGAUCCAGAGUACCAGUGGAUCGACCGUAUCAGAACUCCACGGGCCUCAAAUGAAGCGCGCCAAAGACUCAUCUCACUAAUGUCUGGAGAGCUGCAGAGAAAGAUUGGUCUAAAAGUCCUGGAGAUGGGUGGCAACGCCGUGGUGGGCUACCUGCAGUGUUUUGACCUGGAGGGGGAGUCGGGGCUGGUGGUGCGGGCCAUUGGUACGGCCUGUACUCUGGACAAACAGAGCUCCAACACACACAGUAACAUAGCCCCUGCCUCCAACACCUGCAGCUCCCCUUCCAAAGAGGGCAAGGAGCCAGUGUUUGGGGAGGACCUACCCACGUCCUCCGGGCCGCCCACCCCUUUCCGAGCUCUCCCCACCUCCUCCUCCUCUCCUCCCCCCUUCACUCCCUCCAAGCCAUGCAGUCGCCAGUCCUCCUCAUCCGACACAGACCUCAGUUUGACGCCCAAGACGGGCAUGGGAAGUGGUGGCAGCGGGGGAAAAGAGGCUGGACCCUUGAAGACUCUGCUAAGGCAACAAACACAGACAGCUCUUGAACAGCGAGAGUUCCCUUUCUUCACGCUGACCUCUUUCCCUCCUGGUUUUCUGGUGCAUGUUGGUGGAGUGGUCAGUGCCCGCUCUGUGAAGCUGUUGGACCGCAUUCACAACCCUGAUGAACCAGAGACUCGUGAUGCCUGGUGGGAAGAAAUACGCCAAGAAAUCAAAUCUCACGCCAAAGCUCUUGGUUGCCAUGCUGUUGUGGGUUACAGCGAGAGUACUAGUAUCUGUGAGGAGGUCUGUAUCUUAUCAGCAUCAGGUACAGCAGCCAUUCUAAAUCCACGGUAUAUGCGCGAUGGUUGUUUAGACCUUGGAAGUACAGACCAGAGAUUUGAAGAGCCAUCUCCCCCAAGCUGUGGGUUCUGCCACAUCCCAUAUGAUGAACUCAACAUGCCCUUCCCUGCCCAGCUCACAUAUUGUUAUCACUGUCGUCGGCAGAAGGUCCCUGAUGUACUGUUCACCACCAUAGACUUGCCAUCUGAAGCUGCAGUCACAGGAAAAGGGUGUCUCAUUCAGGCCAGACUCUGUCGUUUGAAGAAGAAAGCCCAGGGAGAAGUCAACGCCACAGCCAUCUCCAACCUGCUGCCCUUCAUGGAGUACGAGCUUCACACUCAGCUGAUGAACAAGCUGAAGCUGCGCAGCAUGAACGCCCUGUUUGGCCUGCACAUUCAGAUCAGUGUGGGCGAGAACAUGUUGCUGGGGCUGGCUUCUGCCACAGGAGUCUAUCUGACUGCCCUUCCUGCUCCUGGAGGUAUUCAGAUUGCAGGAAAGACCCCGGGGGACCUCAGUAAUGAGCAUCACAUCCAGACCAUUCAGAAGAGAAUCAAUGACACCAUUUCCCGAAACAAAGAGCUCUACCAAAUCAACCCCCCGAAAAUAUUUGCGUUGGAUCCCGAGGUGUUUGGCGGCGUAAACAUGGAUCUAACAGAUGAGACUGUGGGCUCUCCCAUCCCUGAACCCCGGCAGCGCUCCAGGCUUUUCCGCUCUCAUUCAGAAAGCUCGGAUGAGGUGUCAGAACUGGACCUUUCCCAUGGAAAGAAGGAUGCUUUUGUUUUGGAGAUUGAUGACACUGAUGCUGUGGAAGACAUCCAUUCCCUUCUCACCGAUGCAGCUCCUCCCCUAGGCUUCUACAGCUGUAACACAGAGAUCAUGCCUGGGAUCAACAACUGGACAUCAGCCGUACAGAUGUUUACAUCAGUCAGAGUUUUACGGCUGAACAAUGUCAAUCUCACUAAUCAAGUCUUGAACAAGAUCUUCACUGAUCUAUGUGAGAAUCUGCUAAAGAGCUUUUAUUUCAAGCUGCGCUCCAUGAUUCCCUGCUGUCUCUGUCAUCUCAACUUCACUGUUGCUGUGCCAGAGGAAGAACUUGUACAGGUGGCUGUUACUGCCGUGGCCAUGACUUUUGACAAGGACCAGGCUCAGGACAAACCAGCUGAGAAAGCUCCAUGCAAAGGGAACAGUGAGACUGAGGAGCAGCUGCAGUUUCCUCUGGAGUUGUGUGCAGACGCUUCAUCUGCUGCAGUCCAGACUUCAAAAAUGACAGGUGUCCAGGAGAGCUCCACCGUGUCGUCCCGAGCUGCCUCGGUUGAUUACGGUUCCUUUGCAGACAGAUGCAGCACCUGGAUAGAGCUGCUUAGGCUGAAAGCGCACACCAUAAGACGCGGAUCAGUUAAGACAAUCUCCUCUCUGGAGCGCUCCAGCCCUCUGCCAGAGGGGCGCUCUCGCUCGCUGCGCUCAACACGUUCUUUUGGAGGCACUUCAGUCACUGUGGUCAAGAUGACGCCACUGGCAUUUUUGCCUGGGACCCGCAUUAUUAAAUACCUUGGAAUCAUUAAUAUGUUCUUUAUAAGGGAAACGACAUCAUUGCGUGAGGAAGGAGGCGUGAGUGGCUUUCUUCACUCAUUUAUUGCAGAGGUGUUUGCCAUGGUUCGAGCACAUGUCGCAGCUCUUGGUGGUAACGCCGUUGUUUCCUAUAGUAUGAAAGAAUGCAUGCUGAUGGAAAAUCCAAAUAAAAACCAGGCCCAGUGUCUCAUGAAUGUGAGUGGAGAUGCUGUGAUUUGCGUUCGGGAAACUGAGCAGGAGGCUCCCUGCUCCUCCACAAAUGGUGCACAAGCUUCCAGUGGAUCAGAGGGGACCACGUGAUCAUAAGACCGUCCAAAUACUACUCCAAGAUGGCUGCCUUAGAACUUUGAAAUAACCCAAAGCUUUAAGUGCAACAUUAAACUACUCAUACAAGCAGCAUAUGCUAACCAUGUGUACAAUGUUGAAGAUACAAAAUGUACAGGACAAGUAUUACACAAACAUUUAGGGAAUGU